AUGGCUCCUCGUAGUUUUCCCCAACGCUCCCAAAGCCUUCCAAGUCUGUCCACAUUUGUGUUUCCUCAUUCUCAACUCAUGGAUGAGCAGGAACGUUGGCUCAAUAUUGUCAUUAAAAGCAUUGAAUGCAAAUCGGCCAAUCAGCGUGAUGUCACUAUUUUCCUUGUCCCCAAAACCCUAAUGCAUAAUUCUCCUACUUCUUACGUUCCACAGCAUAUUUCACUUGGCCCCAACCAUUGUUGGCGCCCCGAGCUCCAUGACAUGGAGGGUUACAAGAUUUCCGCCGCAAAAAACUUUCAGCAACAUCUACCCGGAGGUAGCUUCAAAUAUCUUGUCGAUAAAUUCGUCAAAAAACACGAAGAGAUUCGCGCUCACUAUCAAAGGUUCAUAUAUUUUAAAGACGACAAUUUAGCCUGGUUGAUGGCGGUAGAUACAGCAUUCUUGAUUGAGUUCCUUCAAGUGAUUUGGCUGAAGAAAGCAGACAAGCGGGAUAAAAUAAUGAAAAAUACUCCAGAUCAGCGUGAAAUUUCCAUCGACGGAGGUGAGGACCUCUUUGAAGAUCGACAAAUUAUAUCUUUCCUAGUGACUGGAAUUAAAAAUGUGCAGAAGUAUACAGAGAGUACGGCUGCUCGGGAUGCCAUUUUAAGAGAUAUGAUGAUGCUUGAGAAUCAAAUUCCGCUAAUUCUAUUAGAAGACACGCUGCAUGCUCUAUACUCAUCAAAGGGAGUAGCAUCAAACGAAGAAGCACCCGCCAAGGCCACUAGCACGCUGUAUAAAUUGUUGGACGCCUUUCUUCGGAAGGUUUUCCCUUUCGAGUUCUUGACCGAUAGCAAAAAGCCUGGUGUUCCACAACGCAAUGAUUAUCACCACUUGCUCCACUACAUGUAUGACACGAUUCUACCUGAUAAAUCACAUGGUCAGCAAGCUGGUGAUGAUGAUAAUACUGAAGAUGAUGGUGUUGGAGAUAAACAGAAACCGAAGAGCAAAUCUCCACAUGAGUUAAAAAAUAAAACUUGUCGACUCCUGUCCGGGAGUAAAGACGCACUUAGUGGCUUAAAACUUCCCCCAAAAGCGAGUCUAAUAGUUAAGCCUGUUACAUGUUUGCUUCAAUGGGGUUCAUAUGGUCUGUCUAAAACGGAAUCAAGUGGGGAAGAUGAUAGUAAACCACCGGAGAUCGACAUUCCGUCCGCCACCGAACUUGAAAGAGCUGGGGUACGUUUUUCUCCCAUUAAGAAAGGUAAAAGUUUCACAGACAUAAAAUUUGAUUCCAAGAAAGCUAUAUUUGAGCUCCCUCCCAUCACUUUAGAUGACAACACAGAAGUGGUUUUAAGAAACUUAGUGGCGUAUGAAGCAUCGAAUCCAUCGGCCUCAUUGUAUUUUACACGUUACACUGAGUUGAUGAAUGGAAUUAUCGAUACUGUGGGUGAUGUGAAGCUUUUGAAGGAACCGGGCAUUAUUCGUAACAAGAUGAAAAGCGACGAAGAGGCAGCCAGUAUGUGGAAUACAAUGAGCAGGUCUCUGAAGAAGAAAAAAGUAAAAGAUUUGGAUGCAGAAAUCAAGAGUGUCAACGAGUAUUACAAUGGAAAAUGGAAGAUCAAAGCUAAAAAAUUCAUGAAUAACUACGUUUAUGAAUACUGGCAGUUUCUCACAUUCGUGGCAGCAGUUCUGCUAUUGUUCUUCCAGAUGUUUGAAAGUUUCUGCUCCGCCUACGACUGCACCACCAUCUUUCAUUUCAAGAAGUAG